GCCCACAAACCAAUUGUUAAUCACUGGCAACUAUUCUCCUACCGAACUAGAGGACUCCAUUCAACAUUUUGUGUAUCUAAUGAUCAAACGUUUAAAAAGAAAAAAAAAACCCAGAGCCAUUUCAGGCAAAAGGGGAAGGAGAAAAAAGGGUCAAAAAAUCUAAUACAUGUGUUGUAUAUAUGCAAUCCAAAGUUGCUCAUUCCUAGCACAAAGGGUUGUCGUUUCAACACAUUGGCCACUGAUAAGUACCAGAAAAGGGUAACAAGUCAUUGUCACCAUGACAACCAUUAUAUGUUCAACAACUGGUUGUUUAAGAGAGAAAAUAAGGUACUUUGACAAGGAAACUCCAUUAAUAAACAUAAUAGUGAGAGAACAAGGAGCAAACCGAGCACAAAAUCGGCCAUUCAGCAGCAUGGUCAGUAGUAGUAGUAGCCAUCAAGCUGUGAUGUCUGAAAUUUCCUGUAUGGAAACAAAGGCUUCAUCUCCCCAGACUUGCAAUGAAAAAAUGCUAGCAAACUACGUGCCAAUCUAUGUUAUGCUCCCGUUGGAUGCUGUUACGGCUGACAAUGUUGUUGGAGACAGAGACAAUCUUGAGAAGCAACUGAAGGAGCUGAGAGCGGCUGGUGUUGAUGGUGUCAUGACAGAUGUCUGGUGGGGAAUUGUGGAAUCUAAAGGCCCAAAGCAGUAUGAUUGGAGUGGCUACAGGAGCUUGUUUAAGCUAGUUCAAGAUUGUGGCUUGAAAAUGCAAGCUAUUAUGUCAUUCCACCAAUGUGGUGGGAAUGUUGGAGAUGUUGUUUACAUCCCAAUUCCUCAAUGGGUUCGUGAUAUAGGAGAAUCAGACCCUGAUAUCUUCUACACCAACCGCAAAGGUAACAGAAACCCAGAAUACCUCACUCUGGGUGUGGAUAACAAGCCUCUCUUUCAUGGCAGAACUGCUGUUGAGAUCUACAGUGACUACAUGAAGAGUUUCAGAGAGAAUAUGUCUGACUUUUUGGAAUCUGGGUUUAUACUGGACAUUGAAGUUGGCCUUGGGGCAGCAGGAGAACUUCGGUACCCCUCUUACCCAGAAACUCAAGGAUGGGUUUUUCCUGGUAUUGGAGAAUUUCAGUGCUAUGAUAAGUAUCUCAAAGAAGAUUUUAAAGAGGCUGCAAGUAAUGCAGGUCAUCCCGAGUGGGAAUUGCCGGACGAUGCAGGAGAAUACAAUGACACACCAGAUGCAACAGAAUUCUUUAAAUCAAAUGGGACAUACACUACUGAAAAAGGGAAGUUUUUCUUGACUUGGUACUCAAACAAACUCCUGAAUCAUGGGGAUCAGAUAUUGGAGGAAGCCAAUAAAGCUUUCCUGGGCUGUAAAUUAGUGUUGGCAAUCAAAGUUUCUGGAAUCCACUGGUGGUACAAAACUGAGAACCAUGCUGCUGAGCUUACUGCUGGAUACUACAACCUCAACGAUAGAGAUGGCUAUCGGCCUAUAGCAAGGUUGCUUACAAGGCAUCAUGCUGUUUUGAAUUUCACAUGUUUAGAAAUGAAGGAUUCUGAACAGAGCGCAGAUGCCAAGAGUGGACCUCAGGAACUUGUGCAGCAGGUUUUGAGUGAUGCUUGGCAAGAGAAGAUUGAAGUUGCAGGGGAGAAUGCACUUUCAAGGUAUGACAGUGCAGCUUAUGACCAAAUCCUUCUGAAUGCCAGACCAAAUGGAGUUAACAAAGCAGGGCCACCAAAACUGAGGAUGUAUGGGGUAACAUACCUUCGUUUAUCGAGCUAUCUCCUACAACAGACAAACUUCGAUUUAUUCAAGAUUUUUGUGAAGAAGAUGCAUGCUGAUCAGCAAUACACUGCAGACACAGAUAAAUACAACCACCAUUUAGUUCCUCUGCCGCCCUCAAAACCAAAGAUUCCGACGGAAGAACUUUUGGAAUCAACGAAACCAAUUAAGCCAUUCCCAUGGAAUAAAGAAACAGAUAUGAGUGUCAGUGGCGGCGGGGGUGAAGGUGGUGGUGGACUUUUUGGUUUCAUUACCAGGCUCUUUCCUUGGAAUAGAUGAAACCACAACCACAUUGAUAAGGAGUAAUGGAAAGUAAUCAAAUAAUGGAAAUGGAGUUAAAAGGCCAAUGAUUUCCGUGCAAUGGAAAUCUAGUUUUAAUAAACGCCAUUAACAUGGCUAUCUAGUACUGUUUCAAUAAAAGAAUAUAAACAUCUUGUCCCUGUAUAACAACAAAUUAUUAGUUAAUUACAUAAUGUACAUCCAAUCUAGUUUUUAUAAACACCAUUACCAUCA